AUGGACCCUUCAAAGACCAGACAAGCCCAAGCCCACGCCCGGCAGCGCCAUAUGGCGCUAGCGCCGUCCUCGGCCCCGGGCCAGCUGCGUAUGCCCACGAGCCGCACCCGAGGAAAGCACAAAUCGACUGCUGCCCUGGUGCCUCAGGGUGUUCAACCUAGCUCGCAGAGGCCCUACCAGCAGUCUUUCAACGGAGUUCCUCAAAAAAGAAAGAUUCCAGCUCACCACCAUUAUGAUCGGCAGCCACAGUUUGUUGGUACUCCCGAAGACGUCGAAGAUGAUGAUUUGCUUUAUCCUGAUGAAGAAGGUAGCUUCGGUCAAUAUUCCUAUGAUGAGGAGCCAAUGCCGCAAACCAUUGGCGCCAUUAUGGAAAUCCUAUCUGAUGUCCAGUCUCAGUUAACAUCCCUAUCUCAUGGGUUCGAGGAACAAAAGAAAAGACAAGUAAAGGCUGACGCCGUGUUGAAACAUCUAUCUCGCCAGUGA